AGGUUCAUUGGGAGCUCUCAAAAUGGCAUACAGUCUCUGGAGACUCGUGUGCAUGGCCUAGAGAUGGCACUGGAUGAGAUUUCUCGUGAUUUAGCACUUACCUCUGGAAGGAUAUCGAACAAUGAUCCUGGGGUAAAUACAUGCUGCAGAUUACCUGGUGCUGAAUUCCUAAGCUCAAAAUUUUGGAGAAGAGCUGAAGGCAGAUAUUCCUCUAGGUUAUCCAUUUCUGAAAUGCAGAACCUAUCUGAGAAGGAAGGUAAGGGGCCUUAUAAGUGGGAUAAGCAACGGUUUGGUCUUCAGGGUGGAUUUGUUGUCAAUCCAUUAGCAGAGAUUAACCCUCAGUCAGGAGGGAAUACAGAGGUUGCUUCACAAAAAACACGAAAGAGCAUGAUUCAUGAUGCUGGAAUGAUACACAACCAAGAAGGCAAGAAGCAAGAUGAGGUUUCACAGAACAUUAGAUCUGCAUAGUUAAGGGGGAAUGAUAUUGCACAUACAGAAUUUAGUGACAAGUUGAGCGGAGCAGUCACUAGGAUUGCUCCUCAGGAACUCAAAGAUGGAUAUAUGGAGCCCUUGCAGGAAAUUCAAAGUGGAGAUUAGAGGAGUCGCUAAACCAUCCUGCAUUUAGCAGAAUUCAUAUUUUCUGCAUUCAAUGCCUUGAGAUCCAGAUAGUCUCGUCGAUCAGACCAUCAAGAAAGCCUGGUUGUAGACAUCGUGAAAGCGAUAAUCCUUUUUUUCAUCUUAUUGUUGUGACCUUGUAUAUACUGAAAUGUUGCAGUUUAUAAUUGUAUUGUGUCUCCCACAAUGUAAUAAAGGUUGGCAUUCUUCA